CGGGGGUGGCCGGCGCGAGAUUCUGCCUCCGCCGCUCGCCCUCCUGCAGCCUCCGCUCGGAGCUGUUGCUGCUGCUGCUGGCACCGCCGCCGCCACCAACCUGGUCCUCCUUGCACGGGCAGGGCGGGAGCAGCGGGCGAGAUGUACGGCUUCGUCAAUCACGCCCUGGAGCUGCUGGUGAUCCGCAAUUACGGCCCCGAAGUGUGGGAGGACAUCAAGAAGGAGGCACAGCUGGAUGAAGAAGGGCAGUUCCUAGUCAGAAUAAUUUAUGAUGAUUCCAAAACAUAUGAUUUGGUUGCUGCAGCAAGCAAAGUCCUUAACCUUAAUGCUGGAGAAAUCCUUCAGAUGUUUGGAAAGAUGUUUUUUGUAUUUUGUCAAGAAUCUGGUUAUGACACAAUCUUGCGUGUCUUGGGUUCAAACGUCAGAGAAUUUUUGCAGAACCUUGAUGCUCUGCAUGACCACCUUGCUACGAUAUACCCAGGUAUGCGUGCACCUUCCUUUAGGUGCACUGAUGCAGAAAAAGGGAAGGGUCUCAUUCUACAUUACUAUUCAGAAAGAGAAGGCCUCCAGGACAUUGUAAUUGGAAUCAUCAAAACAGUUGCUCAGCAAAUCCAUGGCACAGAAAUCGACAUGAAGGUGGUUCAACAAAGAAAUGAAGAAUGUGAUCACAUUCAGUUUUUAAUUGAAGAGAAAGAGUCUAAAGAAGAGGAUUUUUAUGAGGACCUGGACAGAUUUGAAGAGAAUGGUACCCAAGAGUCUCGCAUCAGUCCUUAUACUUUUUGCAAGGCUUUUCCUUUUCAUAUUAUAUUUGACAGAGAUCUUGUUGUCACCCAGUGUGGCAAUGCAAUAUAUAGAGUCCUUCCACAGCUCCAACCAGGAUACUGCAAUCUCUUGUCAGUAUUUUCUUUGGUUCGGCCUCAUAUUGAUAUAAGUUUUCAUGGAAUCCUCUCACAUAUCAAUACGGUCUUUGUAUUGCGGAGCAAGGAAGGGCUGCUGGAUGUGGAAAAGCUGGAGUGUGAAGAUGAAUUAACUGGUACUGAAAUUAGCUGCUUACGCCUUAAGGGUCAAAUGAUCUAUUUACCUGAAGCAGAUAGUAUUCUCUUCCUUUGUUCUCCAAGUGUGAUGAAUUUGGAUGACUUAACCAGAAGAGGGCUGUACCUGAGUGAUAUUCCAUUACAUGAUGCUACCCGCGACUUAGUACUUCUGGGAGAGCAAUUCAGAGAGGAAUACAAGCUGACCCAAGAGUUGGAAAUACUAACAGACAGGCUUCAGCACACAUUAAGAGCGUUGGAAGAUGAGAAGAAAAAGACAGACACGCUUCUGUAUUCAGUCCUUCCUCCAUCUGUUGCCAAUGAGCUGAGACACAAGCGCCCCGUGCCAGCAAAGCGUUAUGAUAACGUGACCAUACUUUUUAGUGGCAUAGUUGGAUUCAAUGCCUUCUGCAGCAAACAUGCAUCUGGAGAAGGAGCCAUGAAAAUUGUCAAUCUUUUAAAUGAUAUUUACACUAGAUUUGAUAUUCUCACUGAUUCACGGAAGAACCCCUUUGUUUAUAAGGUUGAAACAGUCGGAGACAAGUACAUGACAGUAAGUGGCUUGCCAGAGCCAUGCAUUCAUCAUGCCCGUUCUAUCUGCCAUUUGGCACUGGAUAUGAUGGAAAUUGCUGGACAGGUUCAAGUUGAUGGAGAGUCUGUGCAGAUCACAAUAGGCAUUCACACAGGAGAAGUGGUUACUGGUGUCAUUGGCCAAAGGAUGCCUCGUUAUUGCCUUUUUGGAAAUACUGUUAACCUAACAAGUCGAACAGAAACCACUGGAGAAAAGGGGAAAAUCAAUGUUUCUGAAUAUACCUACAGAUGUCUUAUGACGCCUGAAAAUUCAGAUCCACAAUUCCAUCUGGAACACAGAGGUCCUAUUUCAAUGAAGGGUAAAAAAGAACCAAUGCAAGUUUGGUUUUUGUCCAGAAAGUGCACAGAGACAGAGGGAGUAACACAAGAUGCUAACUAAAUCAAGAGAAGCCUAAGAAGAGAGCGCACAGGGUGGAACACCGUUUCUUGCCACUAACUCAGUCUGAUAGUAAUUAGAUGCUUCUGCUGUUGCUACAUUCUGUACAUCCCCUGUUUGCUCAUGGAAAAUGCUCCCAAUAGUAGCAUUUUCUUCUACUGGCUGCUUUUUUCUUGUUGUUCAUUCAGCUUUUGAUGUUGUAAAAUCUCUGUACUUAUCUUUCCUUUGGUCUUGCCCUAUCAUCCAACCUGAACUCAGAUGUGAUCCAGCUAACUACGUUUAUGUAGUAUAUACUACCAUGUUUUCCCCUUGCCUUUUCUAGUGACUAAUCAUCACAGUUUUUAUGGUGGUGUGACUCAAAUGGUUUCUGGACAAAAAAGAAAUUCCAAGUAGUGGAAAGACUCCUGAGCUCAGAGCUUUUAUAUUUUUAUGAGAGUGAUUUGGCAUUCAGAUUUCCACUUACUAUACUAAUCCAUCUGUCUGCUAUUGUGAAAUAUAUUAUUUUGUUCUAGAAGCUAGCUUCAAUGCACUGUCAGUUGCUCUUUUCCUAUGUGUUGGCUGUCUGCUGAAAGCAACAUAUGCAUUUUCUACACAGAAAAGAAUGUAGGUUGUGUAAUGUUAUGUACCACUUGGAAAUGUGUGCAAAUUUCUGUUCUAAGUCUGAUCGCAUAGUGGUAAUGCUGAGUCAUGAUAAUAUUUUGUGAGACAGUUUUUUAUAUCAUGCAUGAUGAUAUUAUUGAAGAGGGGGAGAGCUGUGGUGUUUGUGAUGGGAAUAGUUCCAAACAAGUCCAUUUGUAAACCCUGUUUAAGUGCCAGAAUAUGACACAAUUUUUCAUUGUUAAGAUUGACCAGAUUUAUCCCCAGAUCAUUGUAGCCUAUGAAAACACACAUGUUCUCCAUUAUUCUGGACACUGUUCUGCUGUAUAGAGAUGAUGUCAAAGGUUUUGUGGUACGGACUGGGCUGUUCCUUCCCCGCCCCCCGCUCCCAGUUGUACAUAAAGAGCCACAUGCAACACUUUGAUCAAAUCUUUGGAUGAAUGCAUGGACUCCGGAGGCAGGAUGCAGUCCUUCUUUCCCACACAUUUAAACAGAGCUGCCUGAGGUAUGCCAAGAAAAGUUUUUAAUUUGUUCUCAUUUUCAAUUUUUAUUUUGUGAAAUGUGGGGAGAUCUGAUUUAUAUUUAAAACCUUGAUUAAUCAGAUUCAUCUUGUGUCCCUCAGUGUCAACUUGUGUCAGUACAACUGCCAUAUAAACAUUCAUAUUUUAUGAACUUCUGAUUAUGUCUUGAACUCUAGAUUUGUCAAGACUAAUGAGUUUGUUUUAAAUUAAUUGUCGAAAUAAUGUGUCUUAUUAGUUCAUUGUUAUGACUAACCCCUUUUGUAUUUUUAGGAAACCACUGUGUGUCCAUGUAUAAAUAUAUAUGUACAGAUAAAUGUUAUGUAUAAAUAUUGUCAUAACU